AUGGGGGAUCUCACUUCAAAAAUUUUAACUUUGGCAAACUCCUUAAAAGAUAUGGUGUUGAUCAUCGAAUUGCCACUCCGUAUCAUCCUCAAACGAGUGGGCAAGUCGAAGUUUCUAACCGGCAAAUUAAAGAAAUUUUACAAAAAACUGUGUGAGCCGACCGCAAGGAUUGGUCCAAUAAACUGGACGAUGCUUUGUGGGCGUAUCGUACAGCGUACAAAACACCGAUUGGAACAACACCGUAAGGAGAGACAAUUGACAUUGGGUGAAUUGGAAGAGAUAAGGAAUGAAGCUUACGACUGUGCUGCUGCAUAUAAGGAUAAGAUGAAGAAAGUGUUGCAACUGUUCCCUGGAAAGCUGAAGAGUAAGUGGACAGGGCCUUAUCGGGUGACAAAGGUCGGAAAACAUGGCAAUUUUGAGAUUGAGGACUUUGAUGAUCAUAUUCGCCAGAUGGUAAAUGGUCACAGGCUAAAACCAUAUUUCAAUGCAAGAGAAAUCAACGGUCCUGGGAAGAACGUGGAGGUGCUAUUCGUGAGCACCGUUCGCGAAUACGUCGAGUAA